UGAAUUUGGCACUCUACGAAAAUAGUAGUAGCUAGUAUUGUAUCUUCAAGUUAAAAAGGACGAAAAGUGGCCAGUGAAUGCAUUUAUUAUGCCCAUAAAACCCGCAUCAAAGCCCAUUAUUAAAGCUUAGAACUCGUCUCCGGCAUUUGGGCCCCUUUCUUCCUCGCCGAAACCACUUUCUCCUCCCCCAAACCCCUUCUCUGUUAAGCACAAAAAUCAUAACAAUACUUCACUUUAACUUCAUUAAUCAUUAUUCCUACUAUACUCAUGUGACAACAUCAAUUUCAACCUUUAAUAUAUUGGUGUAUUGAGUUGAGCUGAGAAGAAGCGAUGCUAUGCUUUCAUCGCUUCUGAGGAAGCCUUAAAUUGAUAUGUAUAAAACUCUUGGUAAGCAUCGACUCAUAUACCGUGCUCGCAUUUCAAAUUACGUCAAAACCGGCUUAGUCAACGAAGCACUCCAAGUGUUCGACAAAAUGACUCAAUCAGAUUGUAGAGUUUUCAGCAUUGAUUACAACAGAAUUAUUGGUGUUUUGAUUCGUAACUCGCAUUUCGAUUUAGCUGAACGUUAUUACAAUGAAAUGAAACCAGUUGGGUUUUCUUUAAAUUCAUUGACAUAUUCAAGAUUCAUUUGUGGUUUGUGUAAAGUUAAGAACUUUGAGCUUAUUCAUAGGUUGUUAAAUGAUAUGGAUAGAAUUGGAGUAGUACCCGAUUUUUGGGCGUACAAUAUGUAUUUAAAUCUCUUGUGUAGUGAAAAUUUGGUGGAUGUUGCGUUGGAGUUGCUUAGAGUAAUGGGAGAGAAAGGACGAGAACCCGAUGUUGUGAGUUAUACCAUUGUUAUUAGUGGGUUGUGUCGGAUUGGACGUUUCGAUAAUGCUGUUGAAAUGUGGCAUACGAUGAUUAGGAAAGGUUUAAUUCCGGAUAAUAAGGCGUGCAGAGUUCUUGUUUUCGGGCUUUGUGGGAGUGGUAAGGUUGAAUUGGCGUAUGAGUUGACGUUGGGUAUUUUAAGGGGUCAAGUUAAAUUCAAUACGGAAAUAUAUAAUGCGUUGAUAAAUGGGUUUUGUCGAGCUGGUAGGAUUGAUAAAGCGCAAGCGAUUAAGACGUUUAUGAGGAGAAACGGGUGUGAACCGGAUUUGGUUACUUAUAAUGUGUUCUUGAAUUAUUGUUGUAACGAGCUUAUGUUGGAAGAAGCGGAAAAGUUGAUAGAGAAGAUGGAAAGAAAUGGGUUGGAACCUGAUGGUUAUAGCUAUAACCAGCUUCUUAGAGGUUUAUGCAAAGCGAAUAGAUUAGAUAAGGCUUAUAAGCUAAUGAUCGACAAGAUGGUGACGAAAGGUUUGGUAGAUGUUGUAUCUUACAAUACUAUUAUUAGAACACUCUGCAAGAAAGACCACAGUAAGAAGGCUUACAAUCUCUUCGAGGAGAUGGAGCAAAAAGGAAUUGUUCCUGAUGUUGUAACUUUUACAAUUCUUAUAGAAGCUUCUUUAAAAGAAGGCAAUUCUAGUGUAGCCAAGGCACUUUUUGAUCAGAUGAUAAGCAAGGGCCUUUUUCCUGAUCGUGUACUGUACACUUCUAUUAUAGAUAACCUGUGCAAGACAGGUAAAAUAGGGAUGGCUCAGAGCAUUUUCCAUGAUAUGGUGGAACAGGGUGUUGCUCCUGAUGUUAUCUCGUAUAAUGCACUAAUCAACGGAUUUUGCAAGGCUUCUAGAGUAACUGAAGCGCUGAGUCUUUAUGAAGAUAUGCAAGCUAGAGAUUUGAAUCCUGAUGAAAUGACCUUCAAAUUGAUUAUUGGAGGUCUCAUACAGGAGAAGAACCUCUCAGUUGCUUGUGCAAUUUGGGAUCAGAUGAUGGAGAAGGGUUUUACGCUUGACAGAGAUUUAUCUCAGACUCUUAUUAAUGCAAUCAACUCAUAGGUUGAACAGUAUCAGGAAUGGUUGACUUGCUUUGAAUCCUUCUCAUGGGCAAAUUUCUAUGGGUUCUGCAGCUCUCGGAACUCAUUAUUGUAGAUCUGUUUUGCUC